AUGGCCAUCCUUCAAGCUCCAAGAUUCACGUGGUACUCAUUGGGUUCAUCUUCGACUCGGAGUUGUACAAGAAUUAAUAUUACAGCCACAAUCAAUUUGCCAAGAAACCAGGUAAGUCCUGAUGAUCUAUCGAUCCCAAAGAUCAUCGCGAGAAGAGGUUUGGUUGAGGAAUUUGAAACGAGAACUGGUUACACGAGUCUACCCACCACUGGUUUGGAUCAGAAGAAUUACGAUCAUGACUCCAUUAUCAAUCUAGACAAUUCCAAAAGGCGCAGACCAAAUAAUCCUCCUGAUGCCAUGGUGAUUGCCAAGCUCUAUGCAAUCAUGGAGUCUGUUGCUGAUAGAGUGGAGAUGCAUAAGAAUAUUGGGGCCCAGCGCGACAACUGGAACCUCCUCCUUCUAACAUCCACUAAUGCAAUCACUCUAACUGCUGCAACCUUGGCUGGACUCGCAGCCACCAUUAAUGCAAGCGGUCCUCCUCUUGUGGCGCUGAAGAUAUCUUCCACCAUACUGUAUUUAGUAGCUACUGGCAUGUUGGUGGUGAUGAACAAGAUCCAGCCAUCCCAACUAGCUGAAGAACAGCGCAACUCUGCGAGGUUAUUUAAGCAGCUUCAUCAAGAGAUUCAAACGACUUUAGCUGUCCGCGAUCCUACCGCCACAGACGUGAGCGACGCAAUGGAGAAAGUUUUGGCUUUGGAUAGGGCAUACCCACUUCCAUUACUAGGGGCAAUGCUUGAGAAGUUUCCAAAAGCUGUGGAACCUACAGUGUGGUGGCCGCCAAAAAGACAAAGACAAGUAGGGAAACAGCUUGGUGAAGAAACAGAUGGAAAUGGAUGGGAUGGAAAGUUGGAAGGGGAAAUGAGAGAGAUAGCAGGGAUUUUGAAGAGGAAGGAUGUUGCUGAGUACUUGAAAUUGAGUAAAAAGGCCCUAAAAGUAAGCGGCAUCUUAGCAAUAUCUGGGCCCUUACUGACAGCAGUUGGAGCUUUGGGGUCUGCAUUUGUGGGCACUAUUCAUGGGACACCGGCGGUGAUGUUUGCAGUGAUUGGAGGAGCCUUGGCAAGCGUGGUAAACACAAUGGAGCAUGGUGGGCAAGUAGGGAUGGUGUUUGAGAUGUACAGGAGCACUGCUGGUUUGUUUAGGCUAAUGCAAGAGACAAUCGAGUCGAAUAUUAGCGAGAGAGAUGUUGAGGGAAGAGAGAAUGGGGAAAUUCUCAAGCUGAAGGUGGCUUUACAGCUGGGCAGGAGUCUAACAGAACUCGAGAAUCUGGCAGCUGCAUCAUCAAGAAAUUAUAAGCAAGCCGUUGAUCAAGAGUUUGCGAGCAAGCUCUUCUGACAGAUCAUUAACAAGAGAAGGUCUUUGGUCUGUCAAGUC